AUGACUGUCCAGUACUGCCCGCUGCUCCUGCUUUCCCUGCUCCUGCUAUCAACAAACAGCGAGGCUCUGCAAUGUUAUACCUGUAUGGCCUCCAAUAACGAUGACUGCAACCAGCAAGGCUCCAAAUCCUGUCCCACCUACUCUGAUGCCUGCGCUGUGGUGGUGGGCCAUAACAGUGGGGUGAUGAAGUCAUGCUCCUACAAGUCUUUCUGCAGCCAGGCCAACAGCCAGGGUUACAGAUCACCAGGCGUCAGAGUUCACUGCUGCUACAGCGAUGGCUGCAAUGUGACAAACUUCGCCUCCCAGCUGCAGGGCCUCAACUCUUUGCUGCUGCUCUUGCCUCUGUUGUUCCACUUCACUUUCAAGUAG